UUGCCUCCGCCCAGCGCAAAUACCCGGAAGUCCCCUCCUCCUGCUUCCAUCAUCCACGUGGACGUCCAUUUUGUCGCAGGUCCUGGACCGACGUCGUCGUGGCGAGACUCGCGAGGCCUCGAUGGCCCCUUCCUUCCCACCAGACGACACCAGCACCGACCUCCAAUCGCAAAUCGCGCACCUGUCCUCGGGCCACCCGCCCUCGCUGGACAUCACUGCCGCUGCCCUCCUCGCCACCUUCUCUGACAACAGGCCGCCCACCAGCCAAGGGGACGAUGAGGACGGCAUUGAAGACAUUCAUGGAGGAGGCAUAUCGCUGUUAGACUCCAGCCAGAGCGUGUUCACGGCAGUUCCGUCGACUAUGUCGGUACCGGAACCUAUCAGCGACUCCAAUCCUGAAAUCUCUCUCUUCUCGACGUCGUGGCCCGCGGAUAUGUCGAUGCACGAUUUCCUUGAUCAGCACCCCACCGCUUUCGAGUUUCUUAGCAUGGGAUCGGUGCCGGUGCCUGCCUUCUCAACGCUCGCAAGCAUGCCUGACGAACUUAUCGGGUUCGAAACGUUUGCCCAGGGUAAUCUGCACGAGCUGGACGUCGAGCCAGACCACUCCAACGGAGAGAAUCCGAAUGCGCAGGACAAGGAGUCAUUUGUGGACAUCUCAACUUUCGUCCGUCAAUACGUCCCGCGACCCAAGGACGUCUUCCUCGUCGGUCUUGAUGCAGUGAAACAACCCGAGACGAUCAUCCGGGAGGACCUGCGUGGGGACGAAUGCGACUUUCAGGGUAUCAAUUGGUCCCUCCUCAAUAUUCCGAGGCAGUCUGUUCGAGCGAAACGAGCCGCUUUCGAAAUCACGCGGCUGCGUUCGAGACUGGGGAAUGUACGACAGCAAUGGCCCAAUGAAACUCCAAACGUGGACAACUUCUUCUCGUUCAGGAGAAUGGUCUCAACACACAGAGCCUACAUAUCGCAUUUCCAGCUCCGCAACCUCCUUGCGUCUACGUCCAAGAAUGAUAUCUUCUAUUCCACGAGGGAUCAGGUAAUGGGGACGGAUCCCUCGGGCGCGCCGGCCCGCUGCGUUAUGGAUCUGUCCAAGUCUAAAUCCGAAGGCAGGAACAUCCUCAUUACAACCCUGGCUGCUGCAGAGAAUUUUCUAAUAGUAGGGGGGUUCUGCGGUGAAUACGCCCUCACUAAUCUUGCUUCGGAACACGGAAUGCCUACUACUAUCGGUCGUGCGAUACAUAAGACACAUAUUGUACCCAGCCCCAUCACCAAUCACAUCCACAUGUUCAACUCCCGAUCGAACUAUACCCCGCAAGCCGUACUCUGCUCCAAUGACAAUCGCCUCCGCAUCCUCGACUGCGAAUCCAACACAUUCACCCAUUCCUUCCUCUACGCGAACCCCGUAAACUGCUCUGCAACGUCCCCCAAUGGCCGGCUCCGCGUCGUUGUCGGCGACUUCCAUGAAACCCUCAUCACGAACGCCGAAACCGGCCAGGCCUUCGAGACUCUCAACAUGCAUGUCGAUGAUGUCUUUGCCUGCGACUGGGCCGACGACGGAAUCCACGUUGCAACGGCCGCGCAAGACCACAGGAUCGUGAUCUGGGACGCUAGGAACUGGUCACAGCCUCUUAAUAUCUUGAACUCCGAGCUUUCAACUCCGAGGUCUCUGAAGUUCUCACCAAUAGGAAGCGGGCCUAGGGUUCUCAUCUCUGCUGAGUCGGACGAUUACGUCAACGUGAUCAAUGCGCAGACGUUUGAGACCAGGCAGGUCUUCGAUUUCUUUGGAAAGACGGCAGGGAUUAGUCUCAGUCCGGACGGAUCGAGCUUGUUUGUGGCAAACUCAGACCCCAGGUUCGGCGGUAUCAUAGAGCUUGAGCGUUGUGGGUGGGGCAAUACCAAAGAAGAGAAGAUGUGGAACGGUGCUAGGAACGAAUAUACACCUGUAGAUUGGAUGGACGAUGAUACCAUUGACGACAACUGCGAUAUAGUAUCGACAUGGCAAGAAAGGAAUAGGAGGGGGGUCGAGAUUGCGGGGCUGAUGGUAUAACAGAAAGGUGUAGAUGACCAUAUGACGUUUGGUGAGCUAUGGUGGAUUUAUAACAGUAUCUGGUAUCCCCAUCCUCCUUUCCUUUUCUCAUAUCGCACGACUUUCCCAUCCUACCAUUUUCCAAUUUGUCACGUCUUAUUUAUUCCACAACUAUCGUUUAUCUGGAUAGAGCACAUUCUGUCCUCAAGAAGCUGACUUUGGUGUCUCU